AUGGCACCAUUGGAAAGGUCGCCGACUCCAAAUGUGCCCUGGCAUCAGCUGGUGGCUCAUGCAAGACUUCUAAGAGCUGAAUUACGCUCAUCGCUUUCAUUGCCCUUCUCUAGGAUGUCAAUUGUAGAGACGAAAACUGGAUGUAGAUUAUAUGCCCUCGGGACGCCUGCCUCUUCAUCUAACCAGACAGUGCUUUCCGCCGAUAUUCUUGCCAGUGGUGGACCUUCUAGUGUUGUUCUUGAGCCUAUGUUCAGUCCAGAUCAAUUUAAAGUUGCCACUCCCAGCGUUGAAUUCUCGUUGAUGUGUGAGCGACAGCGGGCCACGGUGGUUAGUGGAAUCACUGACUAUAUGGUCGACAGUAACGGCUCCAACCUAAUGCUGACUACUGGUGAACAAGUGUUUCGAUAUUCCAAUGGUAACAUCGUUCCCGUGGAUAUGGUAAUCGGAUCCAAUAACUCGGAAACGGCUGGCGCUUUUGUAUUCGACACGCAAUUCUGUCCUUGUGAUUCGAAUCUGGUUUCAUAUGUGUUGAACAAGCAGAUUCAUAUUGAGAAAAGCGGCACUUUAAUAUACCGAACAACAAGCGAAGACCCUAAUAUUUCCAAUGGAGUCCCUGCAUUCAUUACACAGGAAGAACUGGACAGAUUUCAAGCAGUGUGGUGGAGUCCAACUACGUCCAGGUUAUUAUACGAACGAGUAGAUGAGAGAACUGUUCGCUCAUUAAUGUUCGUAUGUCCUGGCCGAGAACCCGCGGCGCCAAUGAAGUAUCCUGUUGCCGGCAGUGAAAACCACAGCUCCCAAUUGAGACUCAUAAUAAUCGAUGGAAACACAACUCGUUAUCCCUGGGCUGAAUAUAUCGCCAGAGCUGGUUUUCUCAACGACGGCAGAACAACAUGGGUGCAAAUUAUGAAUCGCACACAGUCGCAGGCUGCUUUGGUUCUAUUACCAGAGUCGGAAUUUGAGGGAGUCAACUCUUCGGGGCCUGUUCGGGAGGCUUGUGUCGUAAAAGAUGAGGUUUCCAACGCUUGGAUAAAUACUCACAACUCCAUUGUUCCUCUUGAUGGAUGCCCAUCCUCAAUAGAAUUCAUCUAUGCCAGCGAACGGAACUCCAACUGUCAUUUAUACUUCAUAAGUGCCCAUAUCGCUAACAAUGAGUUAAUAGAGCGCAAAGAACGUGUCGUCACCCAAGGCGAAUUCUCCGUUUGCAAAGCAACAAGUGUUGUAAUUGACAAGGGGCGACGUCUGGUCUACUACAUAGCGAAUGUUUCUACGCCUACCGAAUGGAGCGUAUGCGUAUCAAGCUACGAUGAAAAUGUAAACGAAAUGAGAAGACUAACUGAGAAGGGAUUAUCAUUCAAAGGUGAAAGAGCUUGUCAUCACCUCACUCUGUUGCCGUCUACAGGAUUCGCUUGUUGGAUGACAUCACUUAGUCAGCCACCUCAGUGCCGCUACUAUUCACUAGUCUUUUCUGAAGAUUCGAUCCUCCCAAGAGCCACGCUUGUCGCACAGAUCGGCUUAGCUGGUUAUAACUUACCAGCUACGGUACAAAUCAAUGACAUCCCAGUCAUUGUUGAAUAUCAGUCAAGGGGGUUGAGACGCUACGCCAUGGUGGUGCGACCUGCGAAUUUCGAAGUAGGCCGUAGUUAUCCUGUGCUUCAUUACGUCUAUGGAGGUCCAGGAAUCCAGUUGGUGCGGAAUGAUUUUAGCACGUGGAUCCCAUUCCAAAAGUAUACGAAACUAGGAUUUGUGGUGGUGAUGCUAGAUGGUCGAGGCUCCAGCAACAGAGGGACGAACUUUGAAUUCCCAAUUUUUGGGAAACUUGGACAAUGCGAAGUUGAAGAUCAGGUGGAAGGCCUGCAAGAAGUGGCCCAGAUCAUGGAGGGAAUGCUGGAUCUGAGCCGAGUGGUGGUCCAGGGAUGGAGUUACGGUGGCUACAUGUCGCUUCUUGCUCUGGCUAAGUACCCAAAUGUUUUUCGUGCUGCCAUUGCUGGGGGCGCAGUAACCGACUGGAGACUUUACGACACAGCCUACACGGAAAGAUACUUGGGAUACGGAUCGGACCGAGAACCGUUCUAUGAAGAUUCUUCAGUGAUUAAACACGUUGAAAAGCUGCCAGAUCAGCCUGGGCGACUACUUCUCGUUCAUGGGCUUCUCGACGAGAAUGUUCAUUUCAGACACACUGAGGCUCUUAUUGAACAACUAAUAAAGGCCGGAAAGCCUUAUCAGCUGCAGCUGUUUCCAUCUGAACGGCAUGGGAUUCGCUCAUCGGAUGGUGCUGCCCAUCUCGAUGCUAGUAUGCUGAACUUCAUCCAACAAGCUCUCAAAGACUAG